GGCCAGGCCUGCUCCCUGCCUGCUUCCAUCCGGUCAUUGCUUUCUGUAUCAUUCCUCCCUCAUUGAGUCAUCCAAGUGCCUUUCCUUUAAAGUUAACACUACAAGGAAUCGAAGCCUCAUUUCCUGGAAAUGCAGGGCUGGAUGGCAGCCAUCCCCCAAAUGAGCCCCCACGGAGAAGACUUGGAGACAGUGAGCUCCCCACUCAGGUUUCCGGUGGAUGCAUGUGAAACCCCACGGACUGGGGGAUGAGGUCAUGGAUUACUUUCUCACUGCUGUCAAGGAUUUUGCAAGCUGGGAGCAGGAAAUCACUACAAGCUUUAUGUGCCUACAUAAGGUGAUCAUGCAUUGGGACAGGCUCCCCUCUCGCACCCUGCAGCUUACUCAGCCUCCGGGCCCUGCUUCCCUCUCUCAGCCUUUGAUGACACAAACCUGCCGUUUCAGUGGCGUCGCUUACGUGGAUGGAUCUGAUCUGAAAAAUGAGGAGCUCAGCGUCCUAGUCUCCAGAUCCAGGGGGCACCGUGCCUGUUGGCUUCCCCCCACUAAAUACCCCCCAAACCCCCUCCAUUUUGGAUGGGUGGAAGGAUGGACGUUACUCAACAGCCAGGAUGGGAGUUCCCAGGAGCAUCUUCAGAACCGAAUGGAGAGGAAAGGCGGCCGAGGAAAAGACUCAAAGAUGGAAACAGAGAAGAAAGGCACAGCUCCCCCGGCACGGUUCUUCCUGCAGUCAGACAAAGGCUGCAGCUCUUAUGAGAGUGAGCAGAGAGUCAGCCCUAGUUCUGAGAGGACCCUCAAGCCCUUGUUCUUCUGCUUACACACGCAGCUUGUGAGCUGCUCCCAUCCCCUGAGGCCACUUGAAAUACCAAAGGAACCUGGAAUCGGCAGCAAGAGCCGCUCAGUGGCAGUUUAUCACUCCCCCUGA